UUCUCUCUCGUUCUCUCUCUCUCUCUCUCUCUCUCUCUCUCUCUCUCUCUCUUCUCCUCCUCCUCUCUCUCUUCACACACAAAUAGCCUGCACUCUCGCUCACUCAAACACACACUCUCUUUUGCCCAUUCUCUCUAUCUUCCUACUUGGUCGAGCUCAAAAGAAGGGGACAUGACAGAAUGACAGGAGAUGGAUGUUUCAACAAGAUGUAGGGUGAAAUGUGAAAUUAGCAACUCAUAUUCCUCGCCCCUGUGUUAAACGACAACCGUCGGGAACCAGGCGUAAUUGUUAAACAGAAUGAAUUAAUAAGAGCGGCGUCUAUUAACAAGGUGGACUCCAAUGAAGUUGUAGAAACAUCUUAAGGAUGAUCAAUGGAAACAAGAUGCACGCUUGACUCCUUCUAGAAGCCCCAAUGGAGCAGGAUGUGGAAAGUCCGGCAGUCACCACCCGAAAGCCCAAGCUCCCCAAGCAGGCUCGCAAGGACCUGCCCAAGCAGCUGGUAGACCAGGUGCGGGCAAAGAGGAAGAUCCAGAGGUACGUCCGUAAGGACGGCAAAUGUAAUGUCCACCAUGGCAACGUCCAGGAGACCUAUCGCUACCUGACGGACAUCUUCACCACACUGGUGGACCUCAAGUGGAGGUUCAACCUCUUCAUCUUUGUCUUGGUGUACACAGUGACGUGGCUCUUAUUUGGCUUCGCAUGGUGGCUCAUCGCCUAUGUCCGUGGCGACCUGGAACACAUAGGGGACAACCAGUGGACUCCCUGUGUCAAUAAUCUCAACGGUUUUGUCUCAGCCUUUCUCUUCUCCAUAGAGACAGAGACAACCAUAGGGUACGGCUAUAGGGUUAUAACAGACCAAUGCCCAGAGGGGAUCCUUCUGCUGUUGAUUCAGUCGGUGCUGGGGUCCAUAGUUAAUGCCUUCAUGGUGGGCUGCAUGUUUGUCAAGAUCUCGCAGCCCAAGAAGCGAGCAGAAACAUUAGUGUUCUCCACCAGCGCUGUCAUCUCCGUAAGGGAUGGCCGGCUGUGUCUGAUGUUCAGGGUAGGGGACCUUCGGAACUCGCACAUCGUGGAGGCCUCAAUCAGGGCCAAGCUGAUCAAGUCCAAGCAGACCAAGGAAGGGGAGUUCAUACCCCUCAACCAGACAGACAUGAAUGUGGGUUAUGACACGGGGGAUGACAGGCUCUUCCUGGUGUCCCCGCUCAUCAUCUGCCAUGAAAUCAAUCAGAACAGCCCCUUCUGGGAGAUCUCCCAGGCCGACCUUGACAAAGAGGACCUGGAGAUUGUGGUCAUUCUGGAGGGCAUGGUGGAGGCUACAGGGAUGACGUGCCAGGCCAGGAGCUCGUACGUGACUAGCGAGAUCAAGUGGGGCUACCGCUUCAUGCCCGUGCUCACACUGGAGGAUGGCUUCUACGAGGUGGACUACAACAGCUUCCACGACAUCCAUGAGACCAACACACCCAGCUGCAGUGCCAGAGAGCUGACCGAGAUGAAUUGCCGUGCCCGCCUGCCCCUUACCUGGUCCGUGGCCAGCAAGCUCAGCCAGCAGGGGGUGCUGGAACCUGAAGGCCGCGAGAAGAAGAGUACUACUACCCGGGUAACCCAGGAGGAGGGGCUGGAGGAGCAGACAGAGAGGAAUGGUGACAUUGCUAACAUAGAGAGCGAGUCCAAAGUGUAAAGGGGAGCCAGAGAACCUAGGGCCAGGGGGGCUGUGUGAACCGUACUGUGGCAUCUCUUCUCAUGACUGGCUGACCAGGUGAGCUGGUCCCAGGUUAGAGGUCAGGGGUCAAGGCCAGGGUAGAAAAGGGGACGGUCUAGCCCGAGGAGCCCUGCAACAAGGACAGCUUAGGCCCUCAUCGGGUCAUUUACCCUCCAAAGAUAGCUGGUAAACGACAAUGGCUGGACGGGAAAUCUCUGCGGGCAAUUGCAUGUUUUGAAAACUUUUUGGUUUUUCUUCAAAAUACAAAUUCCUAUUAUUAUUAUACAUUUUUCAUUCAAAGAUUAAAACCUAUAUAAAAGUAUAUAUUCUAGGGCAUUUGCAUUUGUAUUUUUUGUAUGUAAUAUUUGUUUUGUUGCUGAAGUGUGAAUAUUUGACAGGAAGAUGUUUGAUACUGAUUCAUUUAGACCAGGUCUGUACAUAUUCUAUGCCUUAUGUACGAAGAUUUCUUUACAUUAGGGGUUUUCAGAAAUAUAUAAGCAUGUACAAAAACUGUAGUUAAUUUAUUCUAUAUUGUGUACAUAAGAGAAUAAUAUUGAUUGUAAUAGGCAAGACAAAAUAACUCUUAACAAUUCUGUAUGCAAGCCCUAUAGACUAUUAGACCAACAGCAUCCUCACAUCCUUGCCCACUUGGCAGAGAUGUGUUAGACCCUGACUGUGCAUGUCCACUAAACAUACCACCAAGAGGUAGUGGGAACUGUCGCCCAUGACCCUCGAGUAUCAUCAGUCCAAGUCUCCCCUCCUUGAAGACCUUUUUGUGCUCAUAGGAUAGGCUUGAUGCAAUACCCUUUAAGUUGGGAAUGGAAGCUGGAAGGGAGAAUGAACUGAAGGGAGUUGAACUAAGUUGCCCUUCGGAACCAAGGUGAUGUCUGUGUGACCGUUUUCUCUCCAUUUGUUUUGGCAGUAUUUCUGUUUUGGUCAUAUAACUAAACAUUAAUAUCAACAUAUACCCAAAUACUACUUUCAAAUAUGAUUUAGGAAAUUCUUCAUAAGAAGAUGACAUGGUAAAUAACAUGUUGGGAAUACAGGGCUUUCACAUGACAUCAUCGCUGGAGAGUGUGGUGGAAUCUCAGUCUUAUAUGGUAGUACUGUACCUCACAGUAAGGAGGAGGAAAAUGACAGGAAGGAAGUACAUGCUCAUUUGUUCAGUAGUUGUCUGGCCACGAAUCAAAGCUCCGUUAUGAAAGACUGACCAUCAGAGGCUGUCGAUGUACAUUGUUAGAGCGUAAUAUUCCCUUACGGAUGCCUAUUAUCUGAAACCCAGUAUUAUUGUAAUGGUGUCUGUAACCAGCCAGGCCAGACAUGAAUGUAGGCAACUGUGUCAGCUGAAGAUAUGGAGGUUGCCAUGGGGAUGAGGUGGUCUUGUUAUGCUACAGACCACAGGCCAGAGUGAGUGUGGUGGAUAGCCACCCAGUGGAAAGUUCCAUGCAGGCCCUCUAGUUACUGGCACUGUUGGGGUUUCAUGAUAUAAUGAUGGUAUUGCCUAGGGUCUCACUGAAAGAGGCAAUGUAAACAUAGGUCUUGGAGGGGAAAGGGGCGUCUCUAUGGACACAGGCAAUGCUUUCAUGGACAAUGCUUUCAAUAAAGCUCCUAUCGUCGCUGACGAACAUGCUCACUUUUCUAAUAUAGGAAAGGCUUCAGUCUUUCAGUGUGUCUCUGAGGUGAAUCCCCCUGUCGUGUUUGGCCCAUAGCGGACAGAUGAAAGCACACUGGGACUAUGUAAAGAAACCAUGUGAGGGGAAGUUGGAGAACAGCAUUCAGGCCUACUCCGACAACUUUAACAAAGUGCAGAUAGAGGCUGUUAUUCUUCUUCUUUUCACAUAUUUUGCCCACUUUAUUUCUGCUGCAGAACUACUUUUCUAAAAGCAAUUAUUUGUGUUUCUGACAAAAUGUUUGAUUUGAAAACGAGCAGUGUAAUAUGACCUAACAAUGUUAUCACUUUACAACAGUGUGAAAUGUCUUUACUGCGGAACGUUUUAGCUCUGCUUGUCAAUGAUAGCACACUUGUGUCAAUGAAGAACAUUUGGAAACACUUUACAUUAAGUUGCCCUUAUAUGAUGCACUUAGUCUAUAGCUAUUUCAAUUGUUUUUAAUUGUGAUCCAUAUUUGUUACAGGUGUAGUUACUGUGUAGUUAUUGGUAAUUACUCUGAUGUUAUAAAAAGGGUAGAUAUUUCAGCUAUGUGGUAUUUAAGCAGCUUAAUGUAAAGUGUUUGACAUGCAGGCAUCAACAUGCAGUUCAUUUGACUUCUGUCCGUCUCUGAACAAAGGCUGAACUAAACAGACAUGUUUAUUAUAUCGACUCCUUUAUUUGACUGUAUUUGUUAAUUUGCCAUUUUAAUACCAAUCAUGGUUGUAUUAAGUUGUAACUUUAACAUGAUUACAUUCCAACAUACUGGUUCAUAAAUCAACUUCAACAAUACUUUAACCAAUACUUAUCUCACUGUCUUUUAUUGAUAAAAAUCGUAUUCUA